AACAAAGAUGGAAAUUUCAAAUGACAGGCUUGAAGUAUGCCUAAACACACUGCAACUGUCAAUAUGUGACAGCGGUGAGGAAAAGACUGAUAGGCCAGAUGGUUCACACGCUAGUGAUGACUUUGGAAGUGAGGUUUCAAGCAAAACAAGAAAAGAAAACAAAACAAAACUUUCAUCGAUCAACGUUGACAAGGACAAGGCCAAGAGUACAGAAGAAAAAGAAGAAAAAGCAACAGCUACAUGUGAAUUCAGAAAACAAGACAAAGCCAUAAAUACAGAAGACUUCAAACAUCUAGACAAGGCGACACAUGAAGUUCACAAAUGCAGCUCCAAUGAAAGGCUGAGCAACAUUGAGAAAUUGACUGUCCAGCUAAAACAGGCUACUGAAGAAAAAGACAUUCAACUGGAUCUAAUCCACAGAGACUUGAAAAAAUGUCUUCGUACACUGGAAGACUUGUCCAGGGAGAUGCGAGUAAAGAGGCGAUAUGAAGAAGACUCUGAUGACUCAAUUGAUGAGUGACAUAUUGUAUCUCUUCCACUAUUGACUAUAUAUGGUAACAAUGCUCGGCUAAGAAAGAUCUACAACAACAUUUGCCUACAAUAAAAGUACAUUUACUUGUUUACACCUCAAUCAUUUAGAGAAAGCAUUCUAGAACACAGCUGUGGCACAUGUGUAAAA